UUUGUAUAGUGUUGAUUUCAUCUUUCAAAAUUUUGGGAAGUGUUAAAAUAAUUUUCCAAAUUAUUGUUCCAUAUUUUUAAUACUCCAUUAAAUUAUAGAGAAUGGAUUUAUUUGCUGAUAGAUUCAGAUUGAAACUAACGCCCAACAACGAAUGCUCAAACAAAACUCAUAAAUUCCCAAAAAUCUGAAACUUUCUCCUAACUCAAAAAAUUUCUCCACUGUCGUUGAGCAUAGAAAUAGAUGUUGCAGGCUCUCGUCUCCCCUGUUCACGUGACUUUUCCGAUUUCACGUGCCAAGACUGCGUGGUUCAAUCUUCACCCUCCGUCAGCUGUUUCUCCUGCAUCACGGAAUCUUCACCUCCGGCCGCCGCCACGUCUCCGAUCACUCCCUCCUAUCAAAGGCAGUAGUGCAGUAGAAUUUGAUUUCAAGGGUGGAAAAGGAAUGUGUGGGUUCCAUGAUAUUGAGCUUAAAGUCCGUGAUUAUGAAUUGGAUCAGUAUGGUGUUGUAAACAAUGCUGUUUAUGCAAGUUAUUGCCAACAUGGUUGUACUCAAGAUGAAGUUCUUUUGCUUUGUUGCAGAGUUUAUUUGGGCCGUCAUGAACUUUUUGAAAGGAUUGGGAUAAACGCUGAUGCAGUUGCCCGCACUGGCGAUGCAUUAGCACUGUCAGAGCUAUCGCUCAAAUUCCUUGGACCUUUAAGAAGUGGAGACAGGUUUGUUGUCAAGGUGAGGGUAUCUGAUUCUUCAGCCGCUCGCCUAUACUUUGAACACUUGAUCUUCAAGCUACCAAACCAAGAGCCUAUAUUGGAGGCAAAGGCUACGGCAGUUUGGCUGGAUAAAAACUACCGUCCUGUCCGUAUACCACCAGAAGUUAGAUCUAAAUUUGUUCAGUUUCUUCGCCAUAGGGAGUCCAACUGAUUCCACUGCUGUGGAGAUUCAGUAAAAAGAUCACUUCACAAUGACCUAGUGUAGUUUUUUUUUUUUUCCUAAUUGCCCUCCGUCUUAGUUUGGCCUUGGAGGGCCUUUUUUUUUUUUUUUUUGUCCCUUUCAUGUUUUUCUUUUCAUUAUUUUGUUUUGGAAUUGAUUGAAGGAAAAAGAUUUUUGUUGUUGAAUCUUCCAAAAGUAAAAAAGACACAAUUUCAUCUAAUAGAAAAGUAGUAUGCUUCUUUUGGCAUCCAUUUUGUAA